CUUUCUGUAAUCUUCACCAUAGCCAAAGUGGUAACCUUCCACACCUUCAAUGAUCAGCCAAACAGAUAUUCCUUCGUCUUCUUAUUGGUCUCCUCCAACUCCUCAAUGGACAUACGAUGUGUUCCUCAGUUUCAGAGGCGUUGACACCCGCAUAAAUUUUGUAGACCAUCUGUAUACUUCUCUGAAUCACAAGGGAGUAUUUGCAUUCAGAGGUGCUGAACAACUUGAGAGGGAAAAUCCCAUCUCGCCAGAACUCUUGAAAGCAAUUGAAGAAUCAAGAUAUGUAAUUGUUGUUCUUUCAAGAAACUAUGCCUACUCAACAUGUUGCUUGGAUGAGCUUGCAAAGAGUGUUGAAUGCAUGAAAGUGAUGGGGCAGACAAUACUCCCAGUUUUCUAUGACGUGGAUCCAUCUGAGGUACGAAAACAAAUGGGGAAUUUCAGGAAAGCCUUCUCCAAGCAUGAAGAAGCCUUUAAGGAUAACACAGAGAAGGUGCGUAAGUGGAGAGAUGCACUUACUGAAGUAGCUGAUCUCUAUGGAUGGCAUUUACAAGAUGGAUAUGAGUCGAAAAUUAUUGAAGAUAUUGUGAGAUAUAUUUUCACUAAACUAAAUCAAACAAUUUCAAGUAUACAUAUGGAUUUAGUUGGGAUGGAUUCACGCGUAAACGAAGUGAUUUCAUGCCUAGACACAGGGUUGAACAAUGUAUGCAUGUUAGGGAUUUGGGGGAUGGGGGGCAUGGGCAAGACAACCAUUGCAGAAGUAGUUUUUGAUAGGAUACGUUCUCGGUUUGAUGCUUACAGCUUUCUUGCCAAUGUUAGAGAGGUAACUGAGAAACAAGGUCUAGUCCAUUUACAUAAGCAACUUCUUUCAGAUAUCCUGUUCGAGAGUAGUGUAGAUGUACAUAAUAUCCAUAUGGGGAUCAAUAAGAUAAGACAGAGACUGCGUACUAGAAUGGUUCUUAUCAUUCUUGAUGAUGUGGAUCAAUUAGAACAGUUGGAAGCAUUGUGUGGUCAUAGUUGGUUUGGUUCGGGGAGUAGGAUCAUUAUAACAUCAAGGGAUGAGCACUUGCUAUGCACAUAUGGAGUGGAUAAAAUGUAUAAGGUUAAGCCGUUAACUGAUGAUGAAGCUCUUCAGCUCUUUUGUCGGAAAGCAUUCAAGAAAGACCAGGUUGGAGAAGACUUUCUCGAGCUAUCAAAGAAUGUUGUGGAAUACGCUAAUGGCCUCCCAUUAGCUAUUGAAGUGUUGGGUUCAUUCCUCUUUGGUAGAAGCGUAGAAGUAUGGUCAAGUGCUUUGGAUAGACUUAAAGAAAAUCCUGACAGAAGAAUUACUGAUGUGCUUAAAGUAAGUUUUGAUGCUUUACAAGACGUAGAAAAGAAAGUAUUUUUGGACAUUGCAUGUUUCUUUAAAGGGGAGGAUAAAGAUCGAGUUACAAGAAUACUGGAAAGUAGUUGUGGCUAUCGUCCAGACAUUGAUAUAGCAGUUCUCAUGGAAAAAUCUCUACUAACUCUAUUUGGAAGAAAAUUGUGGAUGCAUGAUUUGAUUCAAGAAUUAGGUUGGGAGAUUGUUCGUCGUGAAUGCUAUGAAGAGCCGGGCAAACGUAGCAGGCUAUGGCUUCCCAAGGAUAUCAUCCAUGUAUUUGUAAACAAUGAGGGAACACUUGCAGUGGAAGGUAUAUUCUUGAAUCUACCAAAACAAGAGGUGGUUCACGUAAAUGUUGACCCGUUCUCAAAGAUGUGCAAGCUAAGAUUGUUAAAAAUUAGUAAUGUGCACUUUCCUGGAUCUAUCAGAUACCUUUCUAACGAGUUACAACUGCUGGAAUGGCAUGCAUUUCCUUUUAAUUCUUUGCCAUCAAACUUUCAAUCAGAUAAGCUAGUGGAACUCCGCAUGCAUUCAAGCCGUAUCAAACAAGUAUGGAGGGGAAAUAAACGCUGGAGUAUGCUACAGUUUAUCGAUCUAAGUGAUUCCGUGUACUUGAUUGCAACCCCAAACUUCGUUGAGGUUCCAAAUCUUGAGAAGUUGGUGCUUCAAGGUUGUACAAGAUUGGUUGAGGUUCACCCAUCCCUUGGAUUUCUCAAAAACCUUAUCUUGUUGAAUAUGAGAAACUGCAAAUCCAUUGAGAGCCUUCCACCUUUCAUCAGUUUGGAAUCUCUUACUUUAACUCUCUCUGGUUCUUCAAGACUCAAGAGGUUUCCUGAAAUUGAAGGAAAUAUGAAAAGCUUGUUGGAGCUUCAUCUAGAUGGAACUGCCAUUGAAGAUUUACCUCCAUCAAUUCAACGUUUGACUGGUCUUACAUUGAUGAAUUUGGGAGGCUGCAGAAACCUUUUCCGUCUUCCAAGUACCAUUCAGUAUUUGACGUCUCUGAAAACUCUCAUUCUAACAGGUUGCUCAGAACUUGAUGACAUACCUGAGGAUUUGAAUUGUGUGGAAUAUCUUGAGGACCUUGAUAUAAGUGGAACUGCUAUAAGAGAAUCAUCAUCCAUUGCAGCUAUGAAAAAUCUGAAGACUCUAUCCUUCCAAGGAUGUAAAGAUCAACCUUCAAAAUCGUGGCAUUCUCUCUUUACUUGUUGGUGGUGGGGUAGAAAGGGAAAUGUUCCUGUGAGCUUGUUGUUGCCUACUUCAUUCUCUGGUUUAACUUCUUUGACGAGCCUAAACUUAAGUGAUUGCAAUCUGAUAGAUGGAGCAAUACCUGAUGAUCUUGGCACCUUAAUUUCCCUAAGGACAUUAGACUUGAGUGCUAAUAACUUUGUGCACUUACCCGAAAGCAUUGGCCAGCUAUCCAAGCUUGAAUCUCUCAAAUUGAGGAAUUGUAGUAGGCUUCAGUCACUGCCUAAGAAGCUUCCAUUAAGUGUUCGACAUGUGCCCGCUGAUGAUUGUACAUCACUGAUAGAUUUCCCAGAUCAAUUCAAAGUAUGGACCUCAGAUGUUUCUGGAAUGACUACAAUCAGUGCCCUGAUUUCAUCCAAGCAUCAAGAAUCUUCUACUUCAUCGCCACCAGACCCAAAACAUACAAAGACGUGGACUUCAUCAACUGUCCCAGGGCGUAGUUUCUUUAGUUUUGACCCCGAAUCAGAUAAACUUCAACAAUGGAAACCAGUUCAUGAUCUUUCGCUGCCAAAUCAAGUGCUGCAAAAAGACAUUGAACUAUUCGAUUAUAAGUCAUAUUCCAUAAAGUCUUGUGAUUAUCAAAAUGAAAUUCCAAAGUGGUUCAACAACAUAGCUACCAGAGAUUUCAUAUCAAUCCCGGUGCCUCCAGAUUUGAAAAAUGAUAAGAAGUGGAUGGGCGUUGCUAUUGUUUUCUUGGUGAAGCGAAAACCUGGUGUCUCCCAGAUUGAAUCGGAUUUUGCUUCUGAUUACUUCUACAAAUGCAGAGUGGAAACUGAGGAAUUUCAACUGGAACCAUUCCUCCUUGACUGGACACAUCUCAACUCAGUUGAAUCAAAUUCUGAGUUACUUUGUGCUUUCUAUGUACCUUGUGUGUGCUUUCCAAGGAUGUUAAAUGAAUCUUUUGUUAUUGGGUCUGUAUUUGAAACCAACAACCCGUGCAUGGAGGUCCAGAAAUGUGGGAUUCAUCUAAUUUAUGAGCAAGAUGUUGAAAAGCUUAUCCAAACAUUCAUACCACAUAGUUUUGGUAUUGGAGGGCGGCAGCAGCUACAACAACAAAUACCUGUGCUGUCCAAACAAAGUCAGCAAAUAAUCCCUUCUGAGCCCUCCAAUUUGAAUGAAGUUGGUAAAGCUGCAUCAGAGCUUGGAUGGUUUAAUCUGGAGAAUGACAUUUUGAGAUGGGAGAAAUUUAUUCCAACUUGUGAAGAAGGUUCCACAGUUCUGUUGAGAAGGAACAUUGAGUCUGUUCUUCCAAGAUACCUGGAGGGACUAAACCAUAGGUACCAAAACUAUGAUUUUUCUUUAAGUGGAUCCCCAGCGUGGUUCAACACUGAAGUUGGGACUUCUGUGACGAUCAAGUUGCCUCAGAAUCUGCACAAGAGUAAGAAGUGGAUGGGGUUUUCUCUAUGCGUAUCACUUGCAGUGGAACACCAGCACAUCGUAAAGGAGGAUCAGUAUCAUGGUUCUUGUCGACUCGAAAUGGGUAAACAUUAUAUGAAUCUGUCCCUAAACUUUGAGUCCGUGAUAUCUGAUAAGCAUCACCUUUUAAUUGUUUACAUUCCACGAGCAAUGAUUCCCGAACUGUUCACUCAAACAUCAUCAAGGAAAAUCUGCCUUUCCUUUAUUACCUAUAGACCUGCUUUAAAGGUUAAGAUCUGUGGGCUCCGGAUUUUGUACAAGCAAGAUUUACAAGGAUUUGUCCAGACAAUCAUACAGUGUAUAUUAGGCAGUUCAGACACCCUCCUUGGAUAUUAUAAUGAAUUGGUGGUAAAACAUUGGAUAAACUUAAUUCUGGAGCAACGUCACAAAGUCCUCACAGAGGAAAAACAUAGUCCCCAAGAAUGCGAUCACAGUACUCCACACGAAAGAAAGUUCCAGUUGAUCUCUCAAAAUAUCAGAAACUGGCUUGCUGGAAUUGAAUUUCCGAAGUGGUUCUUGAAUCCGAAUAAAGGCGACUCUGCACAAAUCGAAGUGCCUCAAAAUUUGUACGAUGAUGGUAAUUGGUUAGGGAUUGCUCUAUCUGUUUCUUCAUCGAUCCAUGAACAUCCAAACAUCAUCAAUGACACUCCGGAUUCAGAGUUCGCUCGUGAGCUCAUUUGUGAUCUGAACACUCAGGUUGAUCGUGACAAUAAGCUCCGUUUUACAUUCGAUACAGAUAAAGACAUGUGGUUGCAUGCGCAUGAUUUGAUUUGGUUUGUCUAUAUACCGCGUGCUCUAUUUCCUGAAUCGUGGAAUCAAUUGAAUCUAGUCGGUGCAACUUUUGGGUCCAAUGGCCCGGGCUUAGGACUGCAUGAAUGUGCCAUUCGUCUAGUAUUCAAGGAGGAUGUUGAAGAGCUUGUACAAACAUUGACCGUCAGCGAGUUAUCUGCAAACUGCGACCAUUGCAAGGAAGCUGCAGAAUAUGGUAAAUAGUAGUACCAACAGGACACGAUUAAAGAUUAGGAGAGCUUACUGGUCCCUUGCCAAGGACGAUGGCAAACGUGUUGUAAUUGACCUUUUACUUGUUGCACCCAGAAAAAUUCGACAAUGAAGUUGUCAACGGAAGUAUAUGCAUUGACAGGAAGCAAUUAGUUUAUGUUCAAAAGUUUGCAAGGCCAUCAGCGGUUGUUAUUAUAAGUACGUUGAAAUUAGGUGAAUUUGUUUCAAUAACUGCCAAAUAACUUGAAUAGUGGAGUGGAUUUGUUUGGAAACCUUGCCACUUUUUGUGUGUAGAAUUUGGGCUAAAA